AAGUCAUAAGGUGAAAAAAAUCUAUUUCAGAGAGAACUUCCUGAAAGCGCAAAGCAGUGACUGCAGCCGACCAAGUACCAACUCCCAUACCAAGCGUUCCAUUUGAAACAACUUUUAAAACAACAAAAGAGCUGAAAACAAAAGAAAUAUAGCAUCUCUUAAACAUACCGUUUCCAGGAAGAGAUAUUUUAACAGAAGCAACUCAAAGAUAUCUUUUUUACAGAACUGGGUGUACUGAAAAAUGUUCAUCUCCAAUACAGCCUUUUGAUGGACAGGAGUUUCUAAGUAUCAUGCUGCCUCCUGACAAGCUAUAAGAUGACCACCCUAAACAGUCAAGAUCAACCUGUGCCUGCUAACAAUUCACAUCCAGAAGAAUAUAAAAUUGCGGCCCUUGUCUUUUAUAGCUGUAUCUUUGUAAUUGGAUUAUUUGUUAAUGUCACUGCGUUAUGGGUUUUCAGUUGUACCACCAAGAAGAGAACCACUGUAACCAUCUAUAUGAUGAAUGUGGCAUUACUGGACUUAAUAUUUAUAAUGAGUUUGCCGUUUCGAAUGUUUUAUUAUGCAAAAGGUGAAUGGCCAUUUGGAGAAUACUUCUGCCAGAUUCUUGGAGCUCUCACAGUAUUUUACCCAAGUAUUGCUCUAUGGCUUCUUGCUUUUAUUAGUGCUGACAGAUACAUGGCCAUCGUACAGCCAAAGUAUGCCAAAGAACUUAAAAAGACAUGCAAAGCCGUGCUGGCAUGUGUGGGAGUCUGGAUAAUGACCUUGACAACCACCAUCCCUCUGCUACUACUCUAUGAAGACCCAGAUAAAGCCUCCUCCCCCGCCACCUGCCUAAAGAUUUCUGACAUCAUCCACCUGAAAGCUGUUAACACGCUGAACUUCACUCGACUGAUAUUUUUUUUCUUGGUUCCUUUGUUCAUUAUGAUCGGAUGCUACUUGGUCAUUAUUCACAGUCUCCUUCAUGGUAGGACAUCUAAACUGAAACCAAAAGUCAAGGAGAAGUCUGUAAGGAUCAUCAUCACACUCCUGGUGCAGGUGCUCAUCUGCUUUAUGCCUUUCCACAUCUGUUUUGUUUUCCUGAUGCUGGCCGGGGAAGAGAAUAGUUAUAACCCCUGGGGAGCCUUUACCACCUUCCUCAUGAACCUCAGCACAUGUCUGGAUGUGAUUCUCUACUACAUUGUUUCAAAACAAUUUCAGGCUCGAGUCAUUAGUGUCAUGCUAUACCGCAAUUACCUUCGGAGUGUGCGCAGAAAGAGUUUUCGAUCUGCUAGUUUACGGUCACUAAGCAACAUAAAUAGUGAAAUGUUAUGAAUAAUAGAAAGUUUUUUUUUUCCUUCGGAUCUCUUUAAAAUUCACUUUACUAACUACUCUAGGGAGAGUGGAUAUUCUGUAUGAUAUUAUCAAGUACCUUUUCUCCUGGAAAAAAAAAU